AUGGGACUACAAGGCCUUCACUUCGACGCAGUGUGGGCCUCGCCCUGCUGCACCGAGUUCAGCAUCGCACUCAAGAAGCGCCCCCGCAACCUGCCGCUCGGAGAUGCCCUGGUGCUCAAGACCCUGGAGGUCAUAGACUACCUCAAGCCUCGGUGGUGGGCCAUCGAAAACCCGAGCACCGGGCGCCUCAAAACCCGCCCCUACAUGCAAGGGCUGCACAUGGACCGGGUCACGUACUGCAAGUACGGCUUCCGCUACAAGAAGCCCACGGCCAUCUGGCACAACUUGCCCUGGACCCCCUCCCAGGGGCCCUGCCGCAAGGGCGACCGCUGCGAGGCCUUCCAAGGAACUCGGCACCCCGAGGCCGCGCAGCGAGGGCCCACCAAGGGGCGGCAGGGGAGCAACUCGCGGGACCAGCUCUACUCCAUCCCGCCUGCGCUGUGCGACGAGAUCGCCGCGAGCGCAACACUUGGGUUAAAUGGGCAAGGUGCCGGAAAGACGGUACUCCUUGUGAGCAUGAUUUUGGAGCAAUACCGGGGCUGCUUCGAGCGCAUCUAUAUCUUCUCGCCCUCGGUGGAGGUCGACUCUGCCUGGCAGCCUGUCAAGGAUUACAUCCGAGACGAGCUGGGCGUGAAUACGGACCGGGAGCAGUGCUGGUGGGAGGAUUGGGACGAGGGGGCGCUGCGGAAGAUCAUCGCGGACCAGAAGCGCAUCACCCAGAAGAGCAAGGAGCUGGGCCUCAAAAAACUGUACUCGGUCUUGGUAGUUUUGGAUGAUCAUGCCGAUAAUCCAGCUGUGCACCGCAAGACGGGAGAUGGCAAGCUGCGUCUUAUGAGCUCCGCCGUGCGGGUCAACGUGAUGUUCUACUGCGUCUUCCGGUUGCGAAACCAACUGGAGCUGGAUGCCUUGGUGGAGGAGCUGAGCGCCAUGCUCCCGAAAGAAACCCUCUACGCCAUGUACGAGGAGGCCACCAGGGAGCCCUACAGCUUCUGGUUCGUUAACCUCCGCGCGCCCAAGGAAGACAUGUUUUGGGUGCGCUUCGACCGGAAGUUCUUGCUAAAUGGGGACGCUCCUGAGCCAGAUGGCGGCCAAGUUGUUGGGGGGAGGCCCCGGCAAACCUCCGACGGCUCCAACGCCAGCGAGUUCUCGGCGCGGCCCACCCGGUUUUUCAGGCGCCGUUCUAAAAAGGGCAUGACGAGUAUCUACGUGGACUCGCGCCUCCGCGCGGAGGGCACGGACAGCAGCUUCUCCUUCGACAUCGGUGAGAGUGUGCACAUUCAAUCCGGCGCCAAACUUGCGGUGUACAAGGUCCGCGUUGCUGACGCCUUUUUGAGCACGGACCGCGGGACGUUCUUGUACUGGGAGGACACGGUCGCCGGCACCCUGCAUUACGCGGAGCUCCCGGUGGGGGCGUACACAGGGCCGCGAUUGGCUGCGUGGAUCAGCAGCAACUUCGCUUCCGCCAGCUACACCGCCGAGACAAAUGAGCUCGACGUGACCUACGACGGCGUGCGCCUCAUCCUCAACGAUGCCGAGCUCCGGCAACGCUUCCCAGGCACGGCCCCCUACCCGCCGGGCGCCUCGCCCAGCAAGCCCCUGUCCAUCAACCACCUCCUCGGCCCCAGCUACCUCACAGGCUCUGUGCAGCGCUUCGUCUUUGUGACGAUGAAUCCGUUCUCAGAACUGUACCUCAGGUGCCCAACACUGGCCAACGGGGAGACGACGGUGGGCCCGUUGGGGCACGACAUCCUCUGCAAGAUCGUCGUUUCGAAAGGCGUGGGCCACGUCAUGGAGACCGAGACGUCAGAGGGGCACUGGGUUCAGCUGCACGGGCCCAUAACCCUGCGUCAGUUGCGCUUCAAGCUCACCGACUACCAGGGCAACAUCGUGAACACUCGAGGCACCAGCAUUUCCUUUGUGGAUGAACCCGCUCCUGUGGCCACCGAGCCCGCCGUGGCCGAGCCUCCCGCGCAGCCGGUGGUGGCCGAGCCUCCCGAGCCUGCCGAGCCUGCCGCGGUGGCCGAGCCGCCGACCGAGGCUCCUCAGAAAGCGCCCCAACCCAAACGGCGAGGGCGACCGCCAGGUUCGAAGAACAAGCCAAAGCCGCCCCCGACUGUGGCCGUGGCGGAGCUUCCGAAGCAUGCUGAGCCGCCGACACCGGAGCCGCAGCAAGAGCCCCACCAGGAGCGAGCACAAGAGCCCCCGCCUGAGCCCCAGCAACCCGUGCGUAUGACGCCCUCGGAGGCUCGCCGCGCCCGGCAGCUCUCGCGAGCCGACCGCUUCCAUGCCGCGAUGCUGCGGGCGUUUCACAAGCAGUAUCCCAGCUACAACUUGACGCCGCUGCUCUACAAGCGGCAGCAGCAAUUGAUCGAUGCUCGGGCCUUCAACGAGUGGCUGGCCAACCGGCGGCAGCGCCAGGAAGGCGAGGCCUAUACGGAUGAAGUGGGGCGUGCAGUCGACGCCGUUAACAGGAGGAUCCCCCAGUUGAGGUGGGCCCCCGCCGAGCGGGCGGGCGUGCGUCGCGUGGCCCGCGAUGUGGCUGCCGGGCGCAACACUAGCGUCCUGGGCUACAUCGCUGAGGGCGAGCCCUUGCCCAUCGACCUCCCAAACCGCAAUGCCAGCAUCCUGACUUCCAGCCACUUCUGGCUGGACGACUAUCCCCAGAGCUCCGAGCCCGAGCCAGCCCCGCUGCCCCACACGACCGUGAACCCUGCAGCAGCCUACGAGGAUGCCAAUGAAGGGUAUGAUGGCGUGCCCUUCCCCCGCCGAGAUUUCCUGCGCCCACGGCCCUUUGACAUGGACAGCGAACCGGAUUUUGGGGCCGUGGACCCCGGGCAGGCUCUAAGAAACGACGGGUUUCAGCCCCCAGCACCGCCAAGCUUCCUCAGCCGGAUGCAGCAGGCUGAAGCCGCUGCGGGAGCUGCAGCUGGACUCGCGCGCUCUGCCUCUGCCAUUGCGGGGCACGGACAAGACCUAUACAAUGCAGCGCGCAGGGGAAGGAACUGGAUCGACCGGAACCUACGCAUUCCGCGCACGCCCGAGGGCCUCGCGCCCCCGCAGGACGAAGUAGCUCCACCCCAAAUCAUCGGCCGGCCAAGUGAAGUGGAGCCGCUUCUGGAGCGGGCGGGACAGCGAGCCCAGGAGGUGGAGAGGGCGGCAGCCCGAGACAUCGAGCAGUUCAUGAGCGAGCAGGUGGCCGAGGCGGAGGCGACCGAGGGCUUCGCUUCCACCGCAGAAAUGGCUGCGGGGGCUGCAGAAGCGGCAGGUGCUGCAGAGGCCGCAGCGGGUCCGGGCGCGCUUGCGCUGUUUGGCGAGGCAGCAUUGGGCACCGCUGCGGGCAUGGGAGCAGCGGCGGGGGGCUUGGCUGUGGCAGGCGGGGCGGCCGCACUCGUGGGAACCGCAUGGGCACUGCACGGCGGCAUGGUGGCGGCAGAGCACCUUUUGGGCUGGGGUGGAGGCGGAGGAACCGACACGGACGCCUCCCGACCCAGCUCGGCCCCCGACAUCCAGACCUUGAAUGGGAUGCAGGAGUUUGGGGCGGAGCAGCACUUCCAGCUCCGGGAGCCACAGGCCUCACGGCAACGCCCGCAGUUUUACCGCAUGGACACCGACAGCGAAUCGGAGCCGCGGGCCCAGCCGCCCCCGCGCAUGCAGGCUCGCCCCGCGAGGCCCACGCGCUUCCCCACGGGCUUGAACCCCGCUCCCUUGGCGCAGUCCUCGGGCAGCGAGUCCUCCCGCGGGCCUCGCAUGCAGAGGCCGUCCCGCGCCGCACCGCCCCCGUCGUUCGAGGCGCUUCGAAGCGCGAGCGAGCCGGAGGCCGCGUGA